AAAGAAAAGAGAGUUGGAGAAGAAGAUGAAGGAUCAGGACGAUGUUGAUAGUGUGGGAAAAGAGCAGCAGGCUGCGGGAGUGGGAAUUCUUCUUCAGAUCAUGAUGUUGGUUUUGUCAUUCGUAUUGGGUCAUCUUCUUCGUCGCAAGAGGAUUUACGUCAUUCCCGAAGCAAGCGCUUCUCUUCUCAUUGGCUUACUCGUUGGUGCACUCGCUAACAUUUCCAACACUCAAACUAGUAUCAGGGCGUGGUUCAAUUUUCACGAGGAGUUUUUCUUCCUCUUCCUCUUACCUCCUAUCAUAUUUCAGUCUGGCUUCAGUCUCUCACCUAAGCCUUUCUUCUCUAAUUUUGGAGCAAUUGUCACAUUUGCUAUACUCGGCACCUUUCUAGCUUCCAUUGUAACCGGUGUCUUGGUUUAUCUUGGUGGAUUGAUCUACCUCGUCUACAGGCUACCUUUGGUUGAGUGUCUGAUGUUUGGUGCUCUUAUAUCAGCAACUGAUCCUGUUACUGUUUUGUCCAUAUUUCAGGAGCUUGGCACAGAUGUCAAUCUAUAUGCCUUGGUUUUUGGAGAAUCUGUUUUGAAUGAUGCAAUGGCUAUUUCUUUGUACAGGACAAUGUCAUUGGUUAGAAGUCAUCCAUCCGGACAAAAUUUCUUCAUGGUGAUUGUUAGAUUUUUGGAGACUUUUGUUGGGUCAAUGUCUGCUGGUGUUGGAGUUGGAUUUAUAUCUGCUUUACUCUUUAAGUAUGCCGGAUUGGAUAUUGACAAUCUUCAGAACUUGGAGAGCUGCCUUUUUGUUCUUUUUCCAUAUUUCUCGUACAUGCUUGCCGAAGGUCUUGGCCUGUCUGGUAUUGUAUCAAUAUUAUUCACGGGAAUGGUCAUGAAGCAUUAUACAUAUUCAAAUUUGUCACAAAGUUCUCAAAGAUUUGUCUCAGCUUUUUUUGAGUUGAUAUCAUCGCUAGCAGAAACAUUUGUAUUUAUCUACAUGGGCUUUGAUAUUGCUAUGGAGCAACAUAGCUGGUCACAUGUUGGAUUUAUAUUCUUCUCCAUUAUAUUCAUUGGAAUUGCAAGGGCAGCCAAUGUCUUCUCUUGUGCUUAUCUGGUCAACUUGGUCAGACCUGCGCAUUGUCAGAUACCUCCAAAACAUCAGAAAGCACUUUGGUAUAGUGGACUUCGAGGGGCAAUGGCCUUUGCUCUUGCUCUGCAAUCGGUUCACGAACUUCCAGAAGGACAUGGUCAGACAAUCCUCACUGCAACUACAGCAAUAGUUGUUUUGACAGUAUUGCUGAUUGGUGGUUCAACAGGCACCAUGCUGGAAGCUUUGGAAGUUGUAGGUGGUGACAGUCAUAUUAAUGAUAGCCCUUUGGCUUCUAAAUUUGAGGGAAACAAUGGUUAUAUUUCUCCUUCUUCCGAUGAAGAAUCAUCGUCAGGGAGCAAAAUCAAGAUGAAGCUGAAAGAAUUCCAGAAGAGUGCGGCAACUUUUACAGCAUUAGAUAAAAACUACCUCACCCCAUUCUUUACUAGUCAAAAUGGCGAUGAGGAAGAUGAAGUUGAGCCUCUGACUUCUGGAAGGGUGGGAUUCCACGGCCAUGACCAUGACCAAUAUUCCUUAUGAUAUUUUCCAAACAACAUGCUCAAUGCUAUUUAAAGUCUCUUUUUUGUACACAACUUGAAUCAUGCAAUUUAGAGACAAUUUGGAGAAACUGCCAUAAUACAAGGAUCAUCCCAAGUCACAGGAUUGAGAAUCUUUUGGCAUGUGUCAAUUCAAGUAGGCAGUUUAUUGG